UUCGUGCCGCAGAGACAAAUAUACGUAUGCAUGGUUAUUUUCUUGUUGAAAGCAGCCGUAAACAGACAUUCGGUAAUCUAAAACCUAUGGAGUUCCUGACAGGAAUAUGCAACUUUUAUCUGCUGCUACAUAUCCUUGUUCGGGAAGUAUACAGUCAAAGUUUCACAAGUAAACCAAACAGUCCCGAGUAUCAGCUAAAGGGUCAAUCUGCAUCCUUAACAUGGAAUUUCAACAGCAAUGGGAAAACAGUCAGUCAAAUACUGUGGUUUUACAAUAAUGUUUGGGUUGCUACUAAACCAUCAAUUGGACCAGCCACUGUUCUCAAUUCACAGUAUCAGGUAUCAGGGGAUGCAACACUUAGAAUAUCCAACAUUCAGGCAAAAGACGAUGGUGAUUUUGAUUGUCAAGUGUUUUUCACUUCUGGUGUCCCUCCUGUGAUUAAGAAUACUGCUAAACUAGUUGUUGUUGUGAGCCCAAUAAUUACACUCAAAACUACAACAGCUCCAACUUUGGAUGAAGGUGCCACAAGAACAUUGUUUUGUGUUGCCAGUGGCAACCCCAAACCCACUUACAGGUGGUAUAAAGAUAGUGUAAAGAUUCCGGAAGAUCCAAAUAACUCCAACUACACAAUAACAUCAGCCAGCAGGAAUGAUGCAGGGACGUACAGAUGUGAAGCUGUUAUUAAUGUUCCAACUCUUGGCCAGUACAGUGACUCUUACACUGUUCAGGUUACAGUUAGAUUCCGUCCUGCACACAAAACAAACAGUUUGAGCAGUAAUCAAACUGUUGUAGAAGGUCGUACUACCACAUUUCUGUGUAUCACAGAAGCAUUUCCCACUGCAACCACAUACAAAUGGUUUAAGGAUGGCAAUGAGAUAUCCAAUUCACAAGAUUUUGAAACUUUGAAAAUUAGCGAUACACAAAGCAGACUGACGAUCAAGAAUGCUAAGAAGGGAAGUGCUGGGCAAUACUCGUGUGAUGGUACAAAUGAGGUUGGAACUGGAAAUAGAAAAUCUGCUUUCUUAUUGGUCAACUAUGCACCUCAGCAAGUCACAGUGAAUCCAAAUCCAGCAGUUGUGGAACUUGGUCAAAGCUUAACCCUCACAUGUCAGGCUGAUGGAUUUCCAAAACCCUCUUACUCAUGGAAGUUUAAUGGAGGAGCAAUUGGAGACUCACAAAACACUUUGCAACUUGCAAGUGCCCAAGUGUUGAAUGCAGGGAACUAUACAUGUGUGGCAACAAAUACGUUUGGUAGUGCUCAGGAAACAAGGCUGGUGAAUGUGAGAUAUAAACCAACUGUUACAACCUUUACAACUGGGAAUCCUGACAAUAAUGCUGUGCAAGGAACAAGUGUAACUCUUACUUGCACUGCAAAUGGCUAUCCUGCUCCAACUUACACCAUCCAACGUACAACACCAUCGGGUACAACAAUACUGGCUGGCACCUCAGGGGGAAGAUACACAAUUCCUAAUGUACAGCUUACUGAGGAGGAUAACUCAUACAACUGUGUGCCAAGAAAUGCACUUGGAGAUGGGCCAUCAAAAUCAUUGACAGUCAAUGUAGUAGUGCCACCUUCAUUCCAGAGUAAUUUGCCAAACAAACAAACAAAAACUGAAAAUGAAACGGUGAACUACGCAUGCACAGUUCAAGCCAAACCUUAUGCUCAAAUUGUUUGGAAGCUGGGUGAAAAAAAUCUGACUGGCACAUCAUACAAUAUCACAACUGAAGUUGCACCAGUUCAAAAUUCUAAACUUUUGAGAACUCUUUCUUAUCUGACUAUUGAUAAAGUAACCUGGCAGCAGAAUGGGACUUUCUCUUGUGUGGCUUUCAACAGUGCUGGUCAGAGGAGGCAAACCACAGAUCUUGAAGUGCGCUAUCGACCAGUUGUUCAGUCUGAUGCUGAUCAUCCGAAAAACCUCGCACUGUCUGAGGGACAAGAAGCAACCUUCUCUUGUAAAACCAUCGGCAAUCCGCCCACCCUUUCACAAAAGUGGCAGUUCAAUGGAGUUGACAUACCUGGAGAAAGUUGCAGUGCCUGCGUAACAACAACUUUCACAAAGGCUUCAGUGACUCAGGCUGAUGCAGGAUGGUAUUCCUGUACUGGAACCAACUCUCUAGGAGAAGGACCUCCUGCCAGAGCACAAUUACUUAUUAAGCGUAAGUUACAUUAA